UGUGCUCGUCCCGCCCGCGCCGAGCCUGUUUUCUCCUCGCCGGUCCGUGUUCGUCCCGGCGUAGCCAUAUAUACCCAGACCUCAGUUUGGUUCAGCACAGCAAGCACUCAACCUCCCACUCCCGGCGCACCAACCCACUGCCAAGCUAGCUACGCGCACGAGCUCUCCAUGGCCGCAUCGGUAGCCUGCGCCUUCUUCUUCGACGCCGAGCCGGUCGGCGAGCCCGGCGUGCACGCCCUGGACGCGUGCGCGCUCUGCACCAAGCCGCUGGCAAGGGACAGCGACAUCUUCAUGUACAGAGGGGACACGCCCUUCUGCAGCGACGAGUGCCGGCACGAGCAGAUGCAGCUGGACGCCGCCUGCGCCAGGCAGGCGGCCAGGGCGGCCGCCCGGAGGCAGAAGCAGUUCUCUUCAGCAACGGAGUCCGGGCGUGCACGCCGGGAGUCCUGGGAGGUGUCCGUCGCGAGCUAAGCGGCGAGAGUGGCAGAGACCGUAUGUACUUGAGCUAACAAGCUCCGCAUGGAAGAAGCUGCCGUUGCCCUAUCAGCGCGAGAUCGAGGAGACUCUCCUUGGUUGAAGAAGCAAGACGCGGGCUAUCGGACUCUCUUACGGCAGCGUCGGCAGGCCGCCGGUCAAGUGAUUUGGGCAUAAACGCAGCGGAAAGGAGCUGGACUGGAUCUGAAGAAGUCAAUCAACAAGAUUCUCCACGCAAUUAGGCGGCCCAUGUGUGCCCCGAGCAGUCCCUCGGCUCUCCUUUUCUCCUGCGUCAGUGUAACUUCUGUAUGAUUCCGAAUUUGCUUUAGGCAAUAGCACUUUCACUGGGUAAACUAUCAAGCGAAUCGACAUAUAACA